GGCAGUCAGUCAGUCCUGACUGUGAGAGCAACAGACGCACAAUGGCUCAACUCCCCUGGAUUCAAGGCUUUUUCUUCAUCAUCCUGCAGCUCACAGCAGCAGCAGCUGAACAAAGAUCUCGCUUUGUUGUCAGAGAUGGAGAUGAAGUCACUCUGCCUGCUCAAUGUUUUAGAAACCAGGUGGAACCCUGUGAUAACGUUACCUGGAUAUUCAGUGGUCAAGGAAAUACAACAGUAACACUGUAUGAAGCUGGGGAGAUUCAUAAAGAUUCCAGAACUAAAUCAGACAGACUGAGUGUUACAGCAAACUGUUCUCUGGUUAUAAAGAAGAUCUCAGUGGAGGAUGUUGGUCUUUAUGGCUGCAGACAGUUUAACUCAUCAGGACACAACGUAGCAGAGUCUGAGGCUGAUCUGUAUGUUGUUAACAUGACUGAACAGAAGAUCAGUGAUGAAACCAUCCUGAUCUGCUCUGUGUCGACACUUGGUGGAUGUUCUCACUCAGUGAAGUGGCUGUAUGAUAAGAAAGAUGAUGAAAAUAUCAGAACCAUAACUCCACCUCAGUCUGCCUGUUCAGCCGCUGUUAGCUUCACAACUUCUCCUCAUGUUUCCACAUCAAAACGUUCUGAGUUAUUCAGAUGUCAAGUUAAACCUGAAGGAGACACCAAGGAGUUUACCUUCAGGAUUUCACCUCCGAGAGAAAAACCAGGUGAGAAUAUGAACUGUUAAUAACUACUUCCUGUCUGUUGAUAAAAUGAUGCUUCUGAAAUAUUACAAUUUAAAUAUGACAGUUUGUUAAUUUAGAAAUC